AUUUAAAGUUUGGAUUCAUAUAAAUUAAAAGUUAGAUAUUAUAAGAAACACGAAACGAUGUCAUAUUUAUCAAUUUUCGAUACUCAAUUUACUUUUAUCAUGUCAGAAACAAAAUUGGAAUGAAUAUAAUUGACAAUAUCCAAACAUCGCUAGUGACAUCUAGUAUGACUUUAAAAACUAAUUUUUAUUUUUAAAAUUUUCGCUCAUUGACAUAUUUUAAUUAUUGUGCAUUAUUGUUUCUUUACCUGUAAAGAAGAGCACAAAAGUGACAUGGUGACAUUGGCGGAAUUGUGUAAACCAUAGAGUAUCGUAAACGCAAAUAGACCAUGAAUUAAAAAAGAAGGAAAUAUAAAAAUAAUUGAAAAUUUUAAUUAACGCCUGAUAAAUCAGACAUGAUUAAGUUUCAAUAAGUGCAAAAAAAAACAUAUUAUGUAUCUAAAGAGAAGGUAAGUAAGAAGUAAUAAAAAUUAAAGCAUACAUUAACUAUAGAUCUCUGACACUAACCAUAUUCACAGUUCUACAGUCAAAUACUUCAUAGCAGCGGUUUUUGGUGCGGCUUUGUAUUGUGAAUGGUUUAUCUACGUGAUACAGCCUCAGUAUUGGCAAGAGUUGGAAUGCGAGGGACACGAUGCUUCCUGCACCAAAGUUUUGUUCAUUGCAGACCCACAAAUACAGGGUGAUUUAGCAGUUCCACCUCCGCUCAGUUACCUUUUCAACUGGGAUAGUGACCGAUAUCUGAAGUCAACAUUUUCAGUGGUAUCAAAAUACUUUCAGCCUGAUGUACUUGUUUAUAUGGGUGAUCUAAUGGAUGAAGGUUCAAUAUCAACAAUACAACAGUUUCAUAGCUAUGUAAAGAGGCUGUCUAGUAUAUUUAAUAUUGAAUAUCCUGUUGUGCAAAUUUGGCUACCAGGUGACAAUGACAUUGGUGGUGAAAAUGAACCUGUAAGCAAACAAAAAGCAGCUGAAUUUGAUAAAGUAUUUGAUCAGCCAUCAGUGAUAACAUUCAAAAAUCUAACAUUCUUCAAAGUAAAUGGCAUAACAUACACAUUUCCUAAAAGAACUGAAGAAGUAGAUGAAACCAAUAUCAACAUUGUUGUUUCUCAUUAUCCAAUAACCUCGAGGACCGUAUUUAGCACUCAGUUGAUUAAAGAAUUCCACCCAAACAUAUUUUUUUGUGCCCAUGAGCACGAGUCAAAGUAUGUGAAACAGAACAAAGAUCUCACUCACAGAAAUACACAUAACUUUGGUUAUGGAGAAGGCAUUCUGAACAUAUCCUUGAAUGAAGAUAAUCUUUAUGAAAUAUAUGUGCCUACUUGCUCAUACAGAAUGGGUACAAGCAAGAUAGGCUUUGGAGCUGCUAUUUUCAAUGAUAAUAACCAUCACAUGAAGUAUACAGUGUUCUGGUCACCAACAAGAUUUCCUUAUUUAUUAUUCUACUUGGCUGUUAUGAUAUUUCUGCUGUGGUAUUUUAUUUUGUUUUGUGUAGCCAAAUUGAUACACAGGCAUCCUAAAAUUGUCAAGAGUAGUAGUGACAGUCAACCCUUAUUAGAAAGAAUAUAAUAUUUCAAGUGAUAUUUUAAGCAUUUAUCGAAGUUUUUAUAUAAAGUGAAUUUAUAUGUGUAUGAAUAUAUUAAGCUAUUUUAAAACUUAAUACUCACAAUUUUAAGCAAAUUAACCAUUAUAAUAUUAACUAUUAUUUUGUAUGUUAUUGUUAUUUUAUUUAUGUGUGCUUAUACACAAGAUUACCACAAUAUGUUGGAUAUCCACAGUGGAUUUUGUUUUCUGCAUUUAAUGUCUUAAGGUUUAAAAUCAAGUGGCGAAACAGUUUUGUAUAAGUUGUGAUGUUGACUGUAUAUUUCCACCAAGUUAAUAAUUUUUUAUGGUUAUUUGUUAUUUUAAUAAUAUUUAGCUUUAAUUAGAAUUAAUAAGACACAAAAUAAAUGUGUUAAAUGGUAAAAAUAGCCGUUCAAUUGGGCGACUAGCCAUUUAAUUGAAUGACCUUAAAAACAAUUACCAUGAAAUUUAUGAUGAUCGCGA